ACACCUUAAAGCACGAUCAUUUAGUAGGGUUAAAACAAAAUGAAAGAGGUCGCCAUUUUGCUUGUUUCCCUGUUUACACUGGGCCGGGCGAACUAUGAUCCCAUUUAUGAACACGGAGUUGGAGUUCGGACGUAUCCUCGUCCGUUUGAGUACCUGACGGACAAAGACGUCCCCAAGUCUCUCGACUGGCGAAGUAUUAAUGGCGUCAACUAUGCCAGCACGACCAGAAAUCAACACAUCCCGCAGUUUUGUGGAUCGUGCUGGGCUAUGGCUGCGACCAGUUCCCUCGCCGACAGAAUCAACAUAAAACGAAAAGGAAAAUGGCCGCUCGCUUACCUGUCAGCCCAACACGUGAUAGACUGCGGUAAUGCCGGAAGUUGUCAUGGCGGAAGUGACUUCUCCGUCUACGCCUAUGCCAAGAAAAUGGGGAUUCCUGACGAAACCUGCAACAACUAUCAGGCCAUUGUUCAAAAAUGCGACCCGUUCAACACGUGCGGAACGUGCCACACGUUUGGGGAGUGUGGCCCACUCGCGAAUUACACCACGUGGAAAGUGGGAGACUACGGCAAGGUCAGCGGACGUGCAAACAUGAUGGCAGAAAUAUACAAAAACGGACCAAUCAGUUGUCAUGUUGAAGCUACGGAAGGUCUUGACAAGUAUACUGGAGGGGUGUAUGAAGAAUACAACAUAAAUCCUAAGGUGGACCACAGUGUGUCUGUAGCUGGAUGGGGAAUUGAUGGACGUGGUGUCGAAUACUGGAUUGUCCGAAAUUCGUGGGGCGAGCCGUGGGGAGAGAAGGGCUGGUUUCGGAUCGUGACCAGUGUGUACAAGAACGGCACUGGGAAGAAUUACAAUCUGGGUAUCGAAGACACCUGUAACUACGCCGACCCCAUCAUACCAGCUGGACUAUAACAUAUCACAAAAGAUGAAGAUGCGAGUGAGCUUAACCAUGACACGGUCAGGGGGAGGAGAAGGAGGGGAGUGUUUCCAAAUGUACAGCUAAGGAAAACAGACAAGUGUACUGAAUCGUAAAUAAAUGUG